AUGCUCACUGGCAGUAUUCCUGAAUCCAUUGGAAAACUUUCUAAUUUGGAAGAACUCUUCAUUUCCGCUAAUAAUAUCUCAGGAAAAAUUCCAUCAUCUAUUGGCAACAUGUCUCGGUUGAGCAUUAUUGCAAUAGGAAGAAAUAUGCUAGAGGGAAGCAUACCUGUUGCAUUGGGAAAUUGCACAAAUCUUCAAGGAUUGGAUCUUAACCGUAAUCACCUCACUGGUGCAAUACCCGAGCAAGUUAUUGGACUUUCUUCCCUCACUGUUGGUCUCUUCUUGCAACAAAAUUAUCUAACAGGAGCCCUACCACCACAAGUGGGUAACUUGAAGAAUCUUGGGAAAUUGUAUAUUUCAGAAAACAAACUUUCUGGAGAAAUCCCAAGCAAACUUGGUGAUUGUCUAGUGUUAGAAGCCCUGCAUAUGGAGGGUAACCUUUUUGAAGGAACUAUUCCAUCAUCUUUACCGCAAUUAAAAGGAAUUCGCGAACUAAAUCUUUCUCGUAAUAGUUUGUCUGGUCGGAUUCCAAGCUUUCUAAGCGAGUUUCGAUUGAUUGAAUAUUUAGACCUCUCUUAUAAUCAGUUUGAGGGUGAAGUUCCAAAUGAAGGAGUGUUCAUGAAUGUUAGUGCAUUUUCAAUUGUGGGAAAUAACAAACUUUGUGGAGGAAUCAAGGCAUUGCAAUUGCGUGCAUGUCCCACACAAAGGGAAAGAAAGCUCUUUGCAGAUAAAGUGGUAAUUCUUGUCACAAGUAUCACUCUUUCUACAUUUUUGUUGAUAGCAUGUGUUUCUGCUGUUUUUUAUUUGAUCAAAAGGUCAAAAGAAAAAUCUUCCGUAGAUUGUUCAUUGGGAAAUCAGUACCCAACACUCUCUUACGCAGAACUUCAACAAGCUACCAACGGAUUCUCUUCAGCCAACUUGAUUGGUGCGGGGAGUUGUGGCUCUGUUUAUAAAGGAAUUCUCAACUCUGGUGAACUAGUUGUCGCUGUGAAGGUAUUCAAGCUUCAACUAUUUGGAGCCAAUAAGAGCUUCCUGGCUGAAUGUGAAGCUUUGAGGAACAUUCGACACUGCAACUUGGUCAAGAUCAUCACAUCUUGCUCAAGCAUGGACUUUAAAGGAAAUGAUUUCAAGGCUUUGGUGUUUGAGUUCAUGCCAAAUGGGACUAUAGAGAGAUGGUUACACCCAACUUUAUAUGAGAAAGAGGACUUGAGUUCAUCUGUGCUACUUUACUCAAUGAGCUUGAACCUAAUCCAAAGGCUAAACAUUGCCAUUGAUGUGGCCUCUGCAUUGGAUUAUCUUCACCAUCAUUGCGAAACAACAAUCAUUCAUUGUGAUCUGAAGCCAAGUAAUGUUCUUCUUGACAACGAGCUCUGUGCCCAUGUUGGUGAUGUCGGUCUGGCGACGUUUCUUAUGGCUACCGAAGAUAAAUCUAAUCAUACACAAACUAGUUCAUCAACUGGAGUUCGAGGGACAAUUGGCUAUGUUGCACCAGAAUAUGGUAUGGGUGGGGAGGUCUCAAAAGAAGGUGAUGUGUACAGUUAUGGAAUUCUUUUACUAGAGAUGUUUACUGGUAAAAGGCCAACUAGCAGAAUGUUCACCGACAGCUUUAGCCUUCAUAACUAUGUUAAGAUGGCACUUCCUGAUGGAGUGAUGGAGAUUGUUGAUUCCCUACUGAUACUGGAAAAUGAAGCUGCUUCUGAAAUGACCAAUGAAUGUAACAUUGGGAGAAUAGAAGAGUGUUUGGUGUCCAUCCUGAGCAUUGGAAUUCUAUGCUCUUCCGACUCCUCAAGAGAACGGAUGGAUAUUAGCGAUGCUCUCAAUAAACUCCACAACAUUAGAAAUGCAUUUUGUGAAAUAAGAAGCUAA